UAUAUAAUGUAAAAUUACAUUUAGUUGUAAAAUUUAAUUUAGUCAUGUUUAAUUCAUUCUUGAUAUAAUUAUAUUAUGAUAUGUUUAAUCAUCAAAUAAAUUAAUUUGUUUUUAACUUUAAUAAAUAGAUAAUACAUUUUUGGAUAUAUUUUGUAUUUGGUGGAAAUAAAAUUUUACAAUUAAUAAAUUAUUGAUGCAUUUAAUUACACAUUCAUGUGGUAUUAAAUUGUCACGUCUUCCAUGAUUUUGCAAUAGUCGUUUCCCCAAGAUGCAGAAGGACGUCCGGAAGCAGUGUGAAGGUAAGAAGAAUGAUUUAUUCAAAAUUAGCAGGACAAGAAUACGUUACAAAAGAACACGUGCGUAUUGCACGAGAAGCUGUGGCAAAAAGACUAGCCAAAAAUGGAGCAAGAAGCUUAUCAUUCUAAACUCAGAUCAAAAAUAAACAGGAUCGUAACUGUCGCGGGUUGCAAACAAGACUGCCAGGCAGAGUGUGGCGCGAAGCAGGAAUAAAUAUCUCUCUGAUUAGUGACCAGGAGCAGGUGAGCGUCCCGGCCACUAAUCAGAGGCAGGUGACCAAAAUCAGCACCCAUGGCAACAAAACAAAAAAAACAAAGGUGCUGAAACAGAAAUAAUCACCAACAAACGAAAUAUCAAACUAAACAAAACAUGAUCUGGGCAGUGGAUCAUGACAGUACUCCACCCUCAAGGUGCGGGUUCCAGACGUCCCAGAAAAAACAAAAAUGUCCAACGUCACAAGAGAGCGGAGGGAGGACUAGGCGGUUGGUCGCCUGACCAUGUCCUCGUAACCAGCGGGGAAGAGUCAGAUUGCGGCGACAAGUAGACCACUGCAGCGGCUGGCGACGCGGGCAACCACGGAACGGCCACAUUCGUGGCCUACAAGGAGGCGGACACGAGUGGCCGCAGCGCACCAGCUGCAGCCACUGUUCAUGCCUGGGUCCUGGGCCCAGUUGCUGAUAGAGCGGAGUGUCCAUGAAGUGGCUACAUUCUUGGCCACAUUCUUGGCCAACGAGGGGGCCGCGUGUGGGCGCCUGAUGCCCGCUUGUGCGUCAGGCAAGUUGGAGGUCGCAGGAGUGACAAUGAUGCUGGAGCUGAUGAUAGAGGCCUCGUGGAAGGACCCACUGGAGACAAUGAUGGCAGCGUCGUGGAAGAACUUGCUGGAGAAGAUGAUGGCAUUGUCGUGGGAGGACCGGCUGAAGACAAAGAUGGCGGCGUCGUGGAAGGAACAGCUGAAGACGAAGAUGGCGGCGUCGUGGAAGGACCCGCUGAUUAAACGCCAACGUAACUGUCACAGGAGCAGAUCUUGGGUUCGGGGGAACCUGCUUGUCGUGACGAAGCGGUUGUUGCUGGACACACGACGGACUCUUGGGAGAAGAAGGAGUGUCGCUUGCCUGGCGACUCUUUUCUGUCGAGGACGUGAAGAUAUCUACCUAUUCGGAAUUAUGACAACAGGACAUCUGCUGAUUGGAGUAAGCGUUGCUCUGGUUUGUCGACAAAUUGGAAGUUCCUGGCAGUCUUCAAAGUACCCCAAAGCUGCCACAAAUGAUUGGAGGAUGCGGGAAGAACUGUGGACACUGUUGUGAUUUGGAUAACAUCGGACCGUCUGCCCUGCAGGUUUGAGGACCAGUCAUAGACAAUUUAAAGUGAAAGCAAAUUUUAUUUUCACUCGUAUACAAAACAUUCUAACUUGGAUUGUUUCCCUGGCUUUGAGACACUCCUGAAGGACAGUGCAGCUAAGACACAGCAAUCCUUCUUCUUGUCUGUCAUGGACAAACACCUGUUGUUGUUGACUUUGGACAAACGACUGCACAUCAUCAAGGCCGCAGAACUGAGACACACUGCAGGCUUACACACAAACAUGCAUCCACAAAAAUAUACGCUACACACAUACAUACCCCAUCGCCAUUCCCAAUCCAACGCCCUCGACGCAAAUCCCAUAGGAGUGAUGAAUGGAUGGUCCGUGCCUGAGAGGGUGCGGCCUACCACCAUGACUUCGCAUUCCCUUCCUUCUGUUGCUAGAUAUCUCGAUAUGUAUGUUGUAAUAUGUAUAUGUGCUUUGCUAUGGAGUUUUUUUUCCCACUCCAGAUUGGACUCCCUUAGAAGCCCAGUCUAGAUUGUAUUUCUUUACUCAUCCUUCCCCAGUGUUUUACCUUUCCCUCCAUCUUUUACGGGGCGCCUUGUGGCGACCCAUCAGCGUUCCUGUUCUGUAACCCUGUUCACUGUUUGUUUGUCUAAUCUUGAACGCGUUUGUGCUGAAAACAAAGUUUUGUUUUACUUGUGCAAUGACAUUAAAAGACCUAUCUAUCCUAUCCUAUCCUUAUCCUUUUCAUCCUUUGUAACUGAGCUACUGUGUGUAAUAAUUUCCCUUGUGGAUCAUUAAAGUUUGUUUAAGUCUAA